AAUUAUGGCAAUGACCUGUCGCAUGAUUUUGAAAUCCAGAGUGAGAAUGAAGAGAAUUCAAAUCAGGAAAUGUUUGAAGCAGUGGAAGAAAAUAUGAUGUUAUCAGGAAGGCCUGAAGGGGAAGGCAUUCAGCAUUCUGAUUGGGGAAGUGACUUUGAGAGAGACUAUGGGAUAGAGAGGCCUCAGGGAAAUUCCCAAGAAGUGGAAUAUGGGGAAACUACUUUUCAGGACAGGGAAAUAGGGCAAUUCAUAGGCCUUCAGGGAACCUAUUUAGGUGAGAAGCCCUAUGAAUGCCCUCAAUGUGGGAAAACCUUCAGUCGGAAGUCACACCUUAUUACACAUGAGAGGACCCAUACAGGAGAGAAAUACUAUAAAUGUGAUGAAUGUGGAAAAAGUUUUAGUGAUGGCUCAAAUUUUAGUAGACACCAAACAACUCAUACUGGGGAGAAACCUUAUAAAUGCAGAGAUUGUGGAAAAAGCUUUAGCCGGAGUGCAAACCUAAUAACACACCAGAGAAUCCACACAGGGGAAAAACCCUUCCAGUGUGCUGAGUGUGGGAAAAGUUUCAGCAGGAGUCCCAACCUCAUUGCUCAUCAGCGAACCCACACAGGAGAGAAACCAUAUUCAUGCCUGGAGUGUGGAAAGAGCUUUGGUAACCGUUCUAGCCUUAAUACACACCAGGGAAUUCACACUGGAGAGAAACCCUAUGAAUGUAAAGAGUGUGGAGAAAGCUUUAGCUACAACUCUAAUUUAAUUAGGCACCAGAGAAUCCACACAGGAGAGAAACCAUAUAAAUGUACUGACUGUGGACAAAGAUUCAGUCAGAGCUCAGCCCUUAUUACACACCGAAGAACUCAUACAGGAGAAAAGCCCUAUCAGUGCAACGAAUGUGGAAAAAGCUUUAGCCGAAGCUCAAAUCUGGCAACACACCGAAGAACUCACAUGGUGGAGAAGCCCUAUAAAUGUGGUGAGUGUGGGAAAAGUUUCAGCCAGAGUUCUAGUUUGAUUGCCCAUCAAGGAAUGCACACAGGAGAGAAACCCUAUGAAUGCCUGACAUGUGGGGAAAGCUUUAGUUGGAGUUCCAACCUUAUUAAACACCAGAGAAUCCACACAGGAGAGAAGCCCUAUAAGUGCUCUGAGUGUGGGAAAUGUUUCAGCCAGCGAUCACAACUUGUGGUCCAUCAGAGAACUCACACAGGAGAGAAGCCAUAUAAAUGUCUCAUGUGUGGAAAAAGCUUCAGCCGGGGAUCAAUCCUUGUCAUGCACCAGAGAGCUCAUCUAGGGGACAAACCUUAUAGAUGUCCUGAAUGUGGGAAAGGCUUCAGUUGGAAUUCCGUUCUUAUCAUACAUCAAAGAAUACAUACAGGAGAAAGGCCCUACAAAUGCCCAGAGUGUGGGAAAGGCUUUAGUAAUAGUUCCAACUUUAUUACACAUCAGAGAACUCACAUGAAAGAGAAACUCUAUUGA